ACCAGACUGCACGCCAGGUAGCACAAAACCCCAUUCAAGUACUCCCUGCGCAGCUACCAGACCCAGGGCCCUGAGAUUUACCCCCACAGCCUGAAUACUCAGAAGAUGAUCUUAUCUGGAUGCGCAAGCUCCCCAUGACCCAAGUUACAGGAUGGUGGAGGGACUCCAGAGACCGCCUUAUCCUUCCCGAAAAACUGGGCCAUGCAAUCCUGACAAAAAUACUCCAGAACGCGCACCCACACGCCACAGCCCAAGGCCACCGAAAAAGAGGAACCAUACCAGGAGCCCACUGGGAAGUAGACUUCACCGAGGUAAAGCCCGGCAAAUACGGCUAUAAAUACUUACUAGUGUUCGUAGACACUUUUUCAGGAUGGACUGAAGCCUUUCCAACCAAGAAGAAAACGGCGCAGAUAGUAGCCAAAAAGAUCCUAGAAAAAAUCCUGCCCAGGUAUGGUUUUCCAGUCAUGAUAGGGUCAGACAAUGGACCUGCAUUUGUCUCUAAGGGCUCUACAGCAGGUUCAUGAGGCCGUGUGGCCUAAACUAAAAGAACUGUAUGAGGCAGAACUCCCACCCACUCCUCAUCAGUAUCAUCCAGGAGACUGGGUCCUCGUCAAGCGACACCAGCAGGAGAACCUUGGACCCAGGUGAAAAGGACCUUACCAAAUCAUCCUGACGACUCCCACCGCCAUCAAGGUAGAUAACCUCCCCACCUGGAUCCACCACACCCACGUGAAGCCUGUCGACCCGUUGUCUGACCUCGUGGGACACACUGAUAAAAAUACUACUUGGACUGUAGACCGGAGUAAGAAAAACCCCCUCAAACUAACCUUGCACCGUGCCUCCCCUAGACAUGUUCAGGAUAGUAACCCUUGUCCUACUAGCCCUCAACCUCAACCUCCUGGAGGGAGGACUAAAUGCCCCCGUUGACAAACAGGAAUUGUACGGAGCUCUGUAUGGAAGGCCCUGUGAUUGCAGAGGUGGCAUAGUUAGAACCCUUACCCUACCACAUGGUAACAGACUAGUAGCCGGCUCUAUAGGAAGGGGUGGUCACUAUCAGCGAAGAUACACUCAAACCCAAGACUGUGGGACCACAAUUGCUCACUUAACCCAGACCUAUGACAUCACAGGACCCCAAAAACAGCAGUGGUUAUGUGUUGACAAACCUAGGCCCCUGCCCCCCACAGCAGAAUGCCCUUGCUCUACUUUCCAGGAGUCGAUGCAUAGCUCUUGUUAGGACUCCUAUCAGCAAUGUAUAGGGCCAGACAACUCCACUACCUACUUUACAGCUAUCCUACAGAGUAACAGGGCAGCAAUAGCUAGUGAUAAUAAUAUGCAACUUCAAGCCAGCUGCCGUGGCUCAGUUGGAGCCGCCGUCUGCUGGAACCCCCAUGCCCAUCCCUAGCUUAAACUUUGCAACUGGCAGAUCCAAACGAGCUGUGGUUGUUAUCCCCCUCCUGACAAGCCUAGGAAUUACAGGUGCAUUAACUAUCGGGACAGCAGGAUUAGGAGUCUCCAUACACUCCUAUCUACAACUCUCUCGGCAACUAAUUAACAAUGUCGAGGCCUUGUCAGGGACGAUCCAGGAUCUGCAAGAUCAGCUAAAUUCCCUAGUAGAAGUGGUGUUACAAAAUAGAAGAGGGUUAGAUCUGCUAACCGCAGAACAAGGUGGCAUCUGCUUAACCCUACAAAAAAAAUGUUGCUUUUAUGCCAAUAAAUCAGGAAUAGUUCGGACCAAAAUUAAAUAGCUCCAAGAGGAUCUCGCACACCGAACAAAAUAAUAAACUUUAUCAGGGACAGACUAAACACCAUUCAGGUUAUGGUCCUUAGACCACAGUAUCAGCUCCUAGACAUGGAAAGCGAGCUUGAUUAGGUAACACUGUAGGACCCAAGAUUGGGUCCUCAGGUACUUGAGAAAGGGGGGAAUGAGAGGCCUGAGAAAAUUGAAACUUAAAAGCUUAAGUUAUGGGAAACUGAAACCUAACCAAGCUUAACCAGCUUGUUCCGCUUCUGUACAAUUGCU